UUCGUGGCGGGAAGAACUGCUGCGGUGUUUUCUGUAGAGAUCAAGGCUGCGGCCUCUGCGAUGGAGCCGCUGCGCGAGAGGCCUGUGGCCGGGGCUGAGGCCUGCGGACCCCGCUCCUCUCCGCAGGCCUCGGAGGAGCGGAUCAUGGACCGCAUCAGCCUGCUGCUCAGGCUGAGAGCACAGACAAAACAACAGCUCUUGGAGUAUAAGUCCGUGAUCGACGCAAAUGAAGAAAAAACUCCAGAACAGAUCAUGCAAGAAAAACAAAUUGAAGUUAAAAUUGAAGACCUGGAGAAUGAAAUAGAAGAUGUAAAAAGUAAUUUUGAAGUGAAAAGUCUCGCACUGAGCAGGAUGAAACUUUCAGCUGCCCUUCAGAAUACCUUGGAGAACAUGGGCCCUGAGAGUAGUCUGCUCACUGACGACAUGAAGCACAUAAUGCAGCUACAGAAGUUAAUAAUGAAGUCCCAGGAGGAGUCUAAGGAACUGGAGAAAAAGCUGCUUGAUGUCAGAAAGAAGAGACUACAACUAAAACAAGCUUCAAGAAGUAAGCUUUUAGAAAUACAAACGGAGAGGAGCAAACAGAAAGAGGAUGUGGACAAGAUGGAGAAUUCUGAAGUGGUAAAGGCCAUGAAAGACAAGCUACAGAUGGAGAUAAAGAUCACUACUGUCAUUCAACAUGCAUUCCAGGGCCUUAUUUUGGGGAGUAAAACCAACUGGGCAGAGGAUCCUGCACUCAGAGAGAUUGUGCUGCAGCUGGAGAAGAAUCUCACUACACUGUAAUAAGAAUCUCGCCUUGGCAUUUUAAAAUGGGUUUUGUGGCCAGUCUGUCAUUCCAGGAUCAGAGUUCAUGGGAAAUGUAAAUAGUGUAUUUAGAACCUUUCUCUGCUUCAGUGUUUGGAUUUCGAGUUGAUGCUAUGGCACGGAAUCUUUUGUUUUAAAUGUGCUCAGUAAAGUGACUGGCAUACUCUGCAGGAGUGUGAACAUCGAGGCCUUGGAAAGAGGCCCCUGCUCAUGCCACCACUGAAUGUGCACAUCUUUGCAGACGUUUUCCUGGCUGUCCCUCAGAAUAUGCUUAUGCAUCUGUGCACACUGGCUUGUCGGCCAAAAAUUAGAACAGCGUCCGACGGGUAACGUUGUGUUUGUGAAGUAAGGUUCUUACUUUUUUCUCCGUCUUUAUUUAGCAUGCAUUUAACUUUUGUAAAUUAAGGAAUAAAAAGAAUAAACAUUACUGUCUUAUUAACUAAAA